AUGGCAGACACAUCAACAAAUGAAUCGUCAACGGAGGGCGAUGGUGAGAUCAAAGUUACUAUCGGGAGUGCUGCCGACUGUGGCCUCGACCGUGACUCUGCAUCGCCGAAACAGGCGCAGCUGCCGUUGAGACAGGUCCCGCAGCCAAUCGUCAACGGUGGCUCUAAAGUUUGGGAUAUCACUGAGAGGUUUACUCAGGCUUCUCAAGCUCUCAAGAUCGGUCAGCUCGUGAAAGAUGAGUACUUCACGCUCUUCGAGUCCAUCGGGGCUCUCGAGAUCAUGGACCCCAAGAUGGACAGCGGAUUUCUUCAGCCCGGCGAGACUCUAGAGGAAAACUACGACGCGUUACGGACCCUUCUCCCGGAAGAAGUUCUGGGCAUCAUGGACCAGCUUCUAUGCUACGAAAUGGCGUGGCAUCAAGGAUACCCACUAUCCCAGACUCUGUUCACGUCUGUGUAUAUCGAUAGACUGCUAUGGCCGGAACCUCGAUCACUCGAAGAAGCCCAGUUUUAUCGUGGUAACCCAGGCCGUGUCACGGAUGCUCUGCAAGAUGUCCUCCGGGCAUACUGUUUAGGUAUUAUCAAGUCCUGCGAUUUCGUUAUUGGCAAGAUCACCUCGAGAGACUACUUCGAGGAGGAAGACUUCUGCACUCAUACUUACAACCGAUCUCUUUUCAGCAAAGUACCUCAUGAUUUUGUGUUGCAUGAGUUGGAAAUUGCGGAGGAAAUAUUAGCGACCGAUGUAGACGACAUCGACGAAACAGUGAAAGCCGCUAUAAAUUGCCGCCUAGAGUUCCGCCGAAACUUCCUAGUAGCGCUCUCGCCCGACUAUUCUAUCAACUUCUUGGACAAAUACUGGCCGCCAGUGUCUGCUUUACUUCCGGCGAUCGAGUCCUCUCAUGAGUUAGCUCGUGUAGUGCCAGAUGCUUUCAGUACCAAGAUCCAGCGGAGGCUGACCAGUACUGUGCCACCACGGCCCAUUGUUGAAUUAGAGUUCAAAGACGCCUUUGCAAAGCUGAAACAGCUAUGUGAAGACUGUGCUGAGGCGACGAAGUAUACGUUCCUAGAUCCUGCUCCCGAGGAGUAUCAGUCAUUUCUAUGGGCCUUCGCUUCUCGCAAAGUUCAGCCAUCAGCCUACGCACGAUCCUACCUAGCAGGCUUCGUUUUUGCUGGAGAUAACGAGAUCUUCGAAGGCCUAUUACGGGAUGAUCUUGCUGCUAUGGUAUUCCCAGAAGAUCAGGUCCUUGAUCCUAUCAACUGGACUAUUGACGCUCCUCGAAACCCGCUCUUCCCGAAAGAUAAGCGGCUCCAAAUGGCUAGCAUCAUUGACGAUUUCACGAACAGGGCAGUUCAGAAUUAUGUGGAGCUUUGGACAGCUCUGUGCCAAAACCGGUGUCGAAUGCGACGAAUGCUCUGUCACAGCCUACUUGCAUUUGACCAGCUACAGUCUGAUGCUAGUAUCCUCGAUGACGAACUACAAGCCCUAACAUCCGACCUCCAACAAUACCCUCUCACGACAUGGGUCUACCACCUGAAACUCCGCCAAAUCGAAUGGAUCAUCCAGCUCGGCUUCGAACAAGACAUCUACCUCCCCGAUGAGCUUGCAGGCAUGUAUCUCUUCCUCGCCAAAGUCGCCGAAACCCGCAACCGGCUACUCAGCACUCUCCUCGAGUUCUGGGAGCAGCGGCAAAAGCGGCUAGAAAAAGGCAAGAAAGUGGACGUUGAAAAGGCCGCUAAAGUUCAAGAAGGCAAGGCAUACAUCGAGGCCCUCCUCGCUGAAGCGGUCGGCACAGAAGAGCUAAGUGCAGCGUUGAGUAGUCUCUACACCCUCCUCUCCUACCUCCACCUCCUCCCGCAACCACCGCGCCCCUUCUCCUCUCCAGAGUUGCGCUACGACCUCCGCACCAAACCAUUCGCUCUCCUACAGCCUGUCGAAAUUAUCCCCUUCGAUACCUUAACCACGCAUAUCCAUCCCUUCGGCCCGCACGCCGCCCCAACAUCUCCCUCUGAGUCCAUUGUCAAACAUCUCCAGCAAGCGACCACCUACCAACCCAUCGACGCGAGUGUCAAGCGCGCGAAAGACGCGUUUGCAAAACUGAAGAAGUUGGGACCGAAGGCGGCGAGCGCGGAGGGGGUGAAGGAGCAGUGGAGCGGUAGGGUUCAGGGGCGUUUGUUUAGUUGUGUGGCUGCGGGCGUUGCGGUGGCAGGAUUGAGGGGCAUGGCUGGGGAAUUGGUAAGUACGGCGGAUGCGGAGGGGAAGUUGAGGGUGGAGGGAGUGGCGGAGGGCGAGGGGGAGGGGAAGCGGUAUCAUGAGUGGUGGAUUGUGCCUAAGGUAGUGAAGCUAUAG